UAAGAAAGGAAAAAAAAAAAUCGAAGCAUAAUUAACGAGCAUUAAAAGUUGUGAAAGAAAGCCGAACCGCGACGCAACGCUGUUUUGCCCUUUUGCGUACGAAAAAAAUGGAGCUCAGCCAGCUGUACAAGAAGAAGAAAAACCGGUGGUCGAUUUCCAAAAUCGAGCUGCUGAUCGAUCUGUGGGCCGAGCAUUACCGUGAGCUGAAAUCGUGCCGACGGAAUGACCACGUCUUCGUGAAGAUGAAGCACAAGCUGGAGAAGAGCGGCUGCAAGGUGACGGUGGAAGACAUUCGGAUCCGGAUCAAUAACCUUUCCGCCAAGUACAGAAAGGAAUCGAUGCUGACGCUGUCGGGUGGAUCACCGUCCCGCUGGCCACUGUUCAACAAGAUUCACAACAUCCUAAGCAACGAUGCCGGUGGGCUGGAUGAAACGGUCGAAACGCAGGAGGAAAGCAUGGAAGAGACACCGGAGAGCAAAACUAAGGUGUACCAGCUGAAAUGCAACUAUAGACAUGAAAAUAUUGACAACUUUUUCACCGAUUUGUACUUCAAUCCCCGUUACGCGGAUGUAACCUUGGUAACCUGCCACGAUGGAGAAACAUUCGCCAUUCCAGCACAUCGAAUGGUUCUGGGCAAUUUCAGUAUGUAUUUUGCAAACAUUUUUGACAAACUGAACGUACCGCAAAACUCCAACACGUACAUCGUGUUACCGGGCAGCAUAUCGCACCAGACGAUGCAAAUACUGAUGCAGUACAUGUACACCGGUCAAUCGUCCGUGCCCGAGUACAACGUGGAUGAUGUGUUGCGUAGUGGUGAGCUGUUGAAAAUUCGCGGCUUCUGGAGCGAAAGCCGAUCGGGCAGUACACAGCAGCAGCAACAGUCCUCCUCGGGUCUGGGCCACAAACGUCGCGCACCGGGUGCCGAACCUCGCAAGAUGCACUAUCGUCAACCAGGUACCUCCUCAUCACAGGAAAGCAGCGAACCAAACCGUCCGGUUCCGGGCAGAUCAACGCUGACGUCCGAUUUGAAGUCGGAGCUGGCUUCCGAUUCGGGCACUUCCGCCCUCGACUCGUUGGAUGAACAGAAACGGCUUGCAAUAGCGGCGAUCCAGCGCGAUCUACACGCCAGUUCGAUGCGUGCGAUGGCGCACGGUGCGGCGGCACUGUUCAGCAGCAGUCUCUCCGACGUGAAGCGAGAACCAACGGAAUGGGACGAUUUGGAUGAUGAUAACGACUCGGACGGAGAUGUUAUGAUACUCCCGGAGGAGGUGGUCAAAUCGAAGCUGGCCUCCGAUGGAAAAGCUAAGGCACAAACCUCACAGACAUCGAUCGAACAUUACUCACUACAGCAGCAACAGCAGCAACAACCUUCUGGAUUAUUGGUCGGAGCAGGCCCGGCAAACGAUCGGCAACAGCAGCAGCAGCUGCUGCAGCAGGAACAAUCGCACUCAUCGCACCAGCAACAGCCAAUAGAACCUGCGCUGAACUGUGACCUGUGCAGCUCGUGCUUUACCAACACGGACGAUCUGCUGCAGCACAUCAUCAGCACGCACGGGGACGCCCCGGAAGUGCUACGCAAGCGGAGCCGAAUGGCAGAAGAAGAAACGCCACUAAACAACAUGCGUUGCGACUUUUGCGGGAAGUUCUUCACGUCAGCGGUUGACUGGGCCCAACAUGUACUGCAGGUGCACAACGAUCGUACCGCCGAGUUACAGCAACAGAUGGCCCAGUUUUCCGAAGAGUUGAUGCCCAGUAUUAGCAAAAUUCGUUCCAUUGCAUCAUCUAGCUCGGCUGACUAAUAAUGAUACUCACACGAUUAACGGGCCCUGCAGAU